UUUCCGUGCUAAGGCAAGACCUCAGCCACUUCCUCAUGCAGCUUCAGUGUCGAUAGAGGAGAGCUCAGAGAGGCGACACUUCCUAAAAAUCCAUUUCACGUUCCACGGGAUAUUCCAGCAAUGCCCCUUCUGUGGGCUUGAAGACAGGCAUGGAGCUGAGAUUCCUGCUGCUGCUGCUCUGCAUCUCAGGAUUCCAGGCACAAGAGUUUGACGCAGUGCUGAGCAGAGUGGAGGGGCAGAGGCUCACUGUUGAGUGUCGCUACAGUUCUUCAGUUUACAGUGCAACACGGAAAACCUGGUGCCAGCUGAGAGAUAAGAAAUGCUUUACAUUAGUUAGCACCUCUUACACAUCACAUAGAUACCACAACAAGGUUACCGCUGGAAGAGCCACAAUAGAAGAUGACACCCGCAAUGAGAUUGUAACAAUCACCAUGGAGAAGCUGCAGGUGCAGGACUCUGGAGUGUACUGGUGUGCGCACUAUAACCCCCUUGGUACAGUGCAUCCACUAAAGACAAUUAAACUGGAUGUUUCCAAGGCCCAAGAAUACAAUGCUAUUGAGGGGCAGAACCUCUCUGUCCAGUGUCCAUACAACACACAGGAUUACAAAAAGGAGAAAAAAGCCUGGUGCCGAAGCACAGUUCAGAAUGAGUGUGAUGUCUUGGUCAAUACUGAUUACGGGUAUCUCACAUAUCAAAACAGCGCUGAGAAAGGCAGAGCCAGGAUACAUGAUGACACCCAGAAAGGGAUUGUUACUAUCACCAUGGAGAAACUGCAGGUAGACGAUGCAGGGGUGUACUGGUGUGCACUGUAUGAGCCUCCCAGUCUUUACAGAAUAAUUGAAAUUAAACUGGCUGUUGCCAAGGCUACAACUACAAGUGAAGGGAGCAGGGCAGCUACAACUACAAGGAUCACCCCAGCAGACAGCUCCCUCAGCUCGAGAUCUACCUUCCUUUGGCUGGCAGUUGGCUUCCUCAUCAACAAGACCCUGUUAGCUGUGAUGAUAGCUCUCCCAGUGAGAGGAAGAAACCACCUCCGAGGAAGCACCCAGGCACCAACAAAUUGUGAAUUCAUGGGCAAUGGGGCAGCUGAAGCAAGCACUGGAGACCUGUCUGAGGGGGUGAGGAGCUGAUACAAAUCUCCUCCUCCGGAAGCAUCUCUCUACUUGAACUUGAUGAUGUCAUCCCUGCCAAGGCUCUGAGCAGAGGCAGGUGCCCAUUCCCCACACGGUAUCCAAGUCUUCAUCCCUAAAUAGACCACCCCCACUCUACACUGCGUACCCCAGACUUCAUACACAAUAGCGUGGAGAGAGGAUGCAGAGUGAUGUAGCUCCUUACCUAAGCUCCCCUUCCAGUUGGAGACCCUGGGAUAUCAGCUGGGCUUUCUCCCUGCUCAGCAGUUUUACACCUAAUAAUGUAGUGGAUCUGCUUCAGUUCCCUGAUAUCCACGAGGAAGAAGCAAUCCUCCGCUUUCUUUCUGAGCUGCUCAUCCAGUUGCGUCGGAACGCCCGCCCCACCUGCACACACUUGAGGAAUAUUUAGUCACUUUGGGAAAUCUGGCUAGGUCCAAAUGAUGGUUUCCAGUUUGAUUUUAUGAACUGUCUGUAUCCUUAUGUCUGAUGACUGCCCUUGACUGUGUUCUGCCUCAUGCUCCUUGUGCUAAGAGGAGGGGGGCAUCAGUCCAUGGACAGGUUGAUCAUUAUAGACUAGCAGCACCAGAACAGAUCUUAUUUGGGGAGAACACAGGAGUAACUGCAUGAAAGAUCAAGCUCACUUUCUCCAAUGUCUCUGCCUGGGGCACUGGGGCUUGAUGGAAUGGAAUUUUCCGAGAAGCAGAACAAAGAGAUCCAGUGUUAGCGCGGGGUCUUAAAAACUGCAGCAGCUUAGAGAUUCAGGAGGCACUCAAAGGAAGCUUGGGCAGCAGAGAAUAACAGUGGGGCAUGCUUUCAUAACUGGGGGGUCCUGUUGAAUUGUGGAGCAGCUGAGGAAGAAGGAAGUUGGACAAAGAGGAGAGAGACAUUGUGAUUCGGAGGAGAAGCCACAUGCAGGAGAGGGGAUCCUGGACUCACAGUGGGCUCCGACCUAAGCCCAAAGAACGCUCAAGAAUGGUUAGCAAUCUGAAACGGGGAAAUGCACACAGAUGUCAUUGUAUGAACUACGUCUCUAUAUGUCUUGUGCGAUCUAUAGAGUGGUUGGUUUGGGAGCUUUUGCAAAGUCAGUGUGUUACGUGCUUCUCCUGUCACGUGUCCCUAGAGAGGUAACCUGUAACCCAGAGCACCCACAACGUUGGAGCUCUUGGAAAGGGGGAGCUUAAACUACUAGAAUGGCCGUGGGGUCCUGGAGGCUUAGAGCAGCUGGACCACGAGUUUCAAUGUAGAGUGUUGCCAGAGCAGUCCAGAAUUUGGCCUAGCCUCCCCUCUGUCAUGCAUGGAGGGGCAGCCAGGUCAAAUCUGAGUAGCACUGACAGAGGGGCACUACCAAGAAACUGGUCCUGUAUUUUUUAAGUACUGUUGGCAACCUUACUGUUACUCCAUGUGCUGUACAAUGCUGAAGGCUGUAACAACUCUGUUAAACUGAAAAUACGAAGUAUGAACCCUGGCAACACCCAUUUUUUCAUGUUCUCUGUGCAUAUAUAUUUUCCUACUGUAUC